CAUGUGACUCUGGCCGUAACGCCGCUCUGAGUCAUACCAUUUAAGGAGGCUCACCAUUUUGUGCAUAUUUCAACACAGACUUUUUCAUCUGGAGAAAUUGACCUUCAAGUCUCAACUCUGAUUCAAACAAUGGGGUUUCUUGGCCUAGGAGCAACAGAGAAGCCAUGUCCUGUUGCAGCUAGAGCCCCCGAUACUGAAGAUAGAGCAUCCUCGAGUGCCGCUAUGCAACGAAUAGGACCGAUUAUCGGGACUGUGGACAUUGCGGAGUCUGAGGACUCAUACCUGUUCCAGGUGUCUCUUCCUGGUGUGAGAAGAGAUCAAUCAUUCAGUUGUGAACUUGACAUGGAUGGCGAGGUUGUGAUCUCGGGAAUGAUUGCGACUGGUGAGAAGAUGAUCCUCAGGCUGGGGGAAGUGUUUGUGAGGAAGACGGAAAAUCCUUAUCAGCCCAGGCCCUUCUCUCUCUCCUUUCAGCUGCCUGGCCCAAUCAAUCCCGUGCAGUCGAACUUGACCUUUCGCAGAGAUGCGAUUUUCGAGGGAGUCGUGAAGAAGCAGAUGAAUGAUUGAUCUGGCAGCUCAGAUUAUAUAGGAAGAUGUUGGCUUGAUGAUAGAAGAAGUACUGUUUGUGUUUUAGGAGCUUGUCGAGGCUCUUCAAUUAUGCUUUGAAAGAUGUAAACUUUCCUAACUGCAUAUCUGCCGUUUCUGUGUUGUCGUAUCCAUCAUGUUAAUGACCGACAAUUUGCUCUUUAAGUACUGGAUACUCCUCCCGUUGUUUC